UUUCAGAUCAUUUCAAUUUGUGGUUCCUGCAAGAUUCUGUAUUUAUUUGAGUGAUGCAAAUCGUAUAUUAUUCUAGGACAUCGUUGACUGUACACGAACGGUGGCAUGAGGGCAAGAAACCUUUCAAAUGCGACGUGUGUAACAAAGACUUUGCUCAAAAAGGAAACUUAUUGGAACAUAAACGAACUCAUACUGGGGAAAAGCCUUUUUGCUGUGAUAUGUGCGGAAGAAAAUUCACUACUUCCUCGCAGUUUAAUUUCCACCGAAUGAGACACACAGGUGUUAGGCCUUGGGGUUGUUCUUAUUGCCAUAGGAACUUUUUAACUAAAUCCUCAUUGGAAACGCACGUUCGACGCCAUUUUGAUGAGAAACCAAUACGUUGUCCACAUUGUCCAAUGAGUUUCGUCGAUAAGAGUGGUAUGAUGCGACACAGGAGAGUACAACAUUCCCAAGAACAUCCACAUAUUUGCGUGCGCUGUGGUAAAAAGUUCAAAGAUAGAAGUAACUUUUUGAAACAUACAAGAAUACACGACAGGAAAGACAAGCUUGCAGAUGGAAACCCAUUGCGUGAAACUGUUCAAGGGGAUGACAGAUGUAUAGAGAAUGACACCAAAACUAGGGAAAUCCCAAAUUCUAUAAACACUGAUCAUAGAAAUGCUUCGGUUCUCCGAAUAACACAAGUAGUAGAUGAGCAAGGCCUCCCUAUAAGUAUCAAGACGCAGGAUGGCCUGUCAAUACCGAUUGUUACAGGCAAUGAUGGAAAUCGCGUUCACGGACUUUUGCCAGAUGGUACACUGGUACCGAUAGAACUGAACGAUUUGGAGGAUAAGAACAUAGAGGAAAUUGUGAUCAAUAACUCUGAAGAACCCACCCUUGAAGGUCCAAUCAGCAUUCUUACAGGAGAUCUGGACCAACAACCACUAAAUACCAAUAUUCAACUGAUGACCAAUGAACAUGGUCAAGAAAUGUGCUUCUUAACAUAUUCUGUAGACAAUGUGGCAACUAAUGAAAUCAACCAGCCCUUGACACUAGAGUCUUUUUUGUCUACUAGUAAUAGAAAUAAAUAAGAUAGAGGUUAUAUUUGUUGUAAUGCUGAAUGAGAUAUGUAAGACCAAAAUAAAGACUACACAUUUUAUCAA